GGGCGCGCACGAUUCCCUCACUCCGCCCACAGAGUCCAGGCGCCCGUCAGAACCCUGGACUACCGAGGCCACCAACAACAGCUGAUUCCACAGCCUCUCCUCCCAGACAAGGUCCCCGCCUCCUUCCAGCCCGAAGUUUCCCCGCACACCGGAAGUCCUUUUGCCCGGUCCCUGUCGAGCGGAGACCGUGCGCCCAGCAGCAACCGGAAGCUCCUUUGCCCCUACCGUCAGCGCGUAGCGCCCCGGCCGCGCAGGCGCAGUGCGGCUCAGGCGGAGCUGUGGGAGGGGAGUAGGUCCGGGGGCUGGUCCCUGAAGAUGGCGGAGGCGGGGGUGAACUGGGGGUCUCCCGGCAGAGCUCAGGAUUUCUGGUAGGUCUCACGUUCAGACAAGAUGUGGCGCCAUUGAAACAUUGGUCUCCUUCAAUUCACAGUUUACCUUUUUCACUGGGAAGCCUCAUUUUAUUUUAAGGCUUAGGCCUACUGAACUUAUGAAACCAUGGCGGAAGGAGAGACGGAGUCACCUCGGCCUAAAAAGUGUGGCCCAUACAUUUCCUCUGUCACCAGCCAGAAUGUGAACGUGGUGAUCCGAGGGGUGGUACUCUUCUUCAUUGGAGUCUUCCUUGCAUUAGUUUUGAAUUUGCUUCAGAUUCAGAGAAACGUGACACUUUUUCCACCAGAUGUGAUCACAAGCAUCUUUUCAUCUGCCUGGUGGGUUCCACCGUGCUGCGGCACAGCCUCAGCUGUGAUUGGACUGUUAUACCCAUGCAUUGACAGGCAUCUAGGAGAGCCACAUAAAUUUAAGAGAGAGUGGUCCAGUGUCAUGCGCUGUGUGGCGGUGUUCGUGGGUAUAAAUCACGCCAGUGCUAAAGUAGACUUCGACAACAACUUCCAGUUUUCCCUCACACUGGCUGCACUGUCAGUAGGACUGUGGUGGACUUUUGACAGAUCUAGAAGUGGUUUUGGCCUUGGUGUUGGAAUUGCUUUCUUAGCAACCAUUGUCACCCAACUGUUAGUCUACAAUGGUGUUUAUCAAUACACAUCUCCAGAUUUUCUCUAUGUCCGUUCUUGGUUGCCAUGUAUAUUUUUUGCUGGAGGCAUAACGAUGGGAAACAUUGGCCGUCAACUGGCAAUGUAUGAAUGUAAAGUUAUUGCUGAAAAAUCUCAUCAAGAAUGAAGCGGGCAGCCAUCUUAGCUGUUCUGGGAAAGCCAUGGGAAAGCAGCGUGGGUGUGAGAGGUGCACCAAUGGAACUUUGGACUGGAAAAUUUCGAGGACACAGUUUUUUCUUGAUUGGUGUGUGUGUGUGUGUGUGUGUGUGUGUGUGUGUGUGUGUGUGUGUGUGAACGCGCGCACACAUGCACGCGACACACAUGUUUUUGCAGUCUGUGAUUGCUUCUGUAAAUCAGUUACCAACCUUUCGGUAUUUGAUUUCAAUAAAUGUAAGAUACCUGUGCACUACAUGAAAGAUAUGUUUAUGAGUACAUGAGAUUUCUAAAUUUUUUGAACAUACCAUACAUUGUAUCACAAUGUUGAUGUGCCAAACUGUGUUGUUACUGACACGGAGAAUAAGAAUGCUUUGAACAAUUUAGAAAUUUAGUGAAAUCGAAAAAGAAAGCAAAAAACAAAGCAAACAAAGCAAAUGAGUAGCUGGCCGUUCCCUCUCAUGGGCUGGUGUGCCUCCUCCUGUUCUAAUCGGCUGUGUUCAUCACAGCACCCACGCGAGUUUUCUCUGUUGCUGUUGUUUCAGAGUUUGAAUCUUGUUAUAUGGUACCAGUGAACUUCCAUAGAAUGGUUUUAAGCCUGCAUUGUUGUAGGGAACCAAAGAAUACUUACCAGAUUUCUCCAGAAGGAUGUGUGAUGGACAGGGGUGUUUAUCAGCGUCACCCUGCUUUGAGUCUACAUUUGGAAAAGUAUCAAUGACUAAAUUGAGGGGAUCUGACUAGAUGAAUAUGCUUGGGAACACUGUCUAGCCCUCUCUCUGCCACAGAAGCCAAAGUGAUGUUAGUUAUGAUUUGCUACUGCAACUCACUGCUUCAGUACAUGGAUAAAUAAGGAACACAGGCAGAUCAAAGCGACAGUCAUAACCUAUUGGAUUCUAGACAGCAGGCCAUGCUGGUGGGGCCGGGCCUUGUGACUGUCCAGCUCUGGCGGGCUGAGGUUGUGGUCUUCACCAGUGCAGUCUGAGGAUGCUGGAACCUGACUCCCUGUGUGCUGCUGUCUAUUACAAGGCAGACAUCAUCCUUGACAAGAGGAUGGAAAGCGCACUUUGCACAUCCCGUGAGCAGCACCUGCCUGUACUUAUGGUCAAGUAUAUGAGCUGAUGCUCCGCUCACUUUGCAUUUCUGAAAUUGUUAAUUGUCCAGCACACAAGGGUAAAUUCUUCUGACGACUGUGGUGUGUGUGUGCUUCUGUUUUGAGUGUGUGAGGGAAAAUGUAUCCAUGAGUGUGUGUGCAUGUGCCCAUGCUUUCCUACAGUGUCAAGUAGACACUUUCAUUUCUUUCCUUUUAAAGCAAUGCUGUCAGACUGAAAUCUUGUACACUGGAGUGUAAUGUGCUUUGUUCUCAGGCGGAGAGUGUGAACAUCCCAAGAGUACUCCCUAUGGAACAUGUGUACACAAGCCUAUGGUAGCAGUGGUGAGCACACCACUAUAUUUAUUAUUCUGUCUUUCAGAUGUUAUUCAUUUAGAACAAAUAAGGUAUAUUUUUAGAAUCAAAUUUGUAAACACUAUAAAAUCUUUAAUAAGUUAUAAGGUCUAUGAUAUGUUUACUUUGAAAAUUGCUGUUGAAAGCAAGCUGUAUUAAAUAUGUAAUUAUCA